UCAAAUCGUCUCAACAAUAAAUGAUCACAUUUUGAAUUUUAUUGCACUAACCUUGGGAUAGUGUGAUUAAAGUUGAUAACGUUAAUUGCAUACGUAAUCAAAAGUUAACAAAUUUGAGACAAUAAAUAGUUUGAAACGUGUCUAUAUAAAAAUUGAGGGGAUACAAAGCUCAACAUAUUGUCUGGAAUGUUCCAGCAGAAUUUGUGCAUUGAACGUUUAACAAAAAUUAAUUGUGAAAAAUAACGAUGCGGCGUAACAGAAUCAAAGCUGUUAUCAACGUACCUCGUGGGGGACGUCCCUCCGCCUCCACGGUUGAUCGUCCCCUUACGCCAAUCGUUUCAAAUUCUCUUUCGUCUCCUUUAACGCCUCAAUCGCAUGAAACUACUUCCGGAAGUGCUACCAUUGCAUCUCAACAAUCCUUUUCUCCCUCUCGAAGUAAUAUUAGGUCAUCUUCUCCCCUUCUAGCAUGCACCCCAGCUCCGACAUCUCCAAUAAAGAAACAUUAUCCAGAAUAUACUCUCGGAUUGGUUAGGUCACCAAUCUCUUCACCAACGAAGGAGUAUCAUCAUCAUGGCGUCAUUGAUCGACCAACGACACCCAAUUUCGACCCUCACUCGUCUUAUCAGUUUCCCAUCUCACCGGGAGGAAUUCAGCGACCAUCACCAUCCGCGAGUCCAAUGAGAUACAUUCCUCAGCCUAUACCAAGUCCACAGCGACCUUCCCCUGUCCCCAGCCCAGUUAAUAAUAACAGCAAUAAACAACUCGCAAUUUUUAACUCAAACUCCAACUCUGCAGAUUCACAUGAGGUUGCACGAUACAUGUCUUUGCCCUCUCCCAGUGGAAUGUUUGCCCCACGAACGCCUGAAGUACCAGAAUCUCAUCAUCAGCACAACCGAUCCCAAAAUUCCACCCCCUCUUCGAGGGAGGGAGCAUUUUCUAGCAUAAGUAAUUCCAGUAUGAGAGAUCCUGCCAACUCUAUUGUUAACAAUUCAGACCUUUUGAGACAAAGGUUGGCCAAACCGUCGCCUUCCUUAACCAUUUCAAAGUACCAAACAUUACGGAAGGAAUUUCUAUCCAAGGGGAAUCAGAAUAUUUCUAACACAAGUUCAGUAUCUCCAGAAGAAAGGAAACAAUUAACCAUUUUGCACUUCGCAUUUUGGAAUCCACCAAAAAAGGGUAAAGAAAAAUCUUCUGCAAGAAAUAAUCGUGCCUCUUCAGUCUGCAAUGACAGUAGUGUUGGGAAUAAUUUCUCUGCUUCCGUAAAACAUGAGAAACUGCUAGACACUGACAAUACCAAGCUCGGUAUUGCAGCUCGUCGUGCAACAGUUGGGGACAUGCCGAUAUCUUUGUCGUCACCCGAGAAAAGUUACUCCGAGCCUCUGAGCAUGGAUAAAGAGAAAGAAACUCCGGUUAACAUUGGACCUCGUGUCAAAGUGGGGCCGGAUGGACAACUAAUUUUGGACGAACAAAGUUUGAUUGUCGAAACCUCGGAAAGUCAACGAGCCAAGAAACAAUUGUCUGAAAUGGAAACCGUGUCUGGAGCAGAUUUUGCCGUGGGCUCUUCAGGGUUGUUCCGAAACAAGAAAAAUGCCCGACGUGGGCAUGACUGGAGUGACCGAGAAACCAUAAAAUUCUACAAAGCUCUUAGUAUGUGCGGGACCGACUUUUCCAUGAUGACUACCCUUUUCCCGAGUCGGACACGGGCCGAAUUGAAGGCAAAGUUUAAACGAGAAGAUAGAAAAAAUUCUGGUCAGAUAAGUUCAGCUUUAUCCUGUCAAGAAUUCGAUCCCGGUGAAGGAAUAACGGAUAGCGAGGAAGAGCAGACCCAAGAAGACAUCGUAAUUGGUGGAGAUGGUAAACCCAAAAAGAAACGACGCCGUCCAAGAAAUAAACCUUUAACCGAAAUUGAACGCCGGCUUCGGGAGGAGAUGGAAGAAGAACGUGCAAUUUUAAACUCUAAUUUGGGCAGCUUGCCACCAAAAUCUCCAAAGAAUACACCCCACUUUAAAAAUCUAACUUAUCAAGAACACCGUAUGGAAAAUAAUGUGGAAAACAAGGCCACAAACAAAAAUAAUCAGUCAAAAAAAGGACGUCGUGGUGUGAGUGGCCGUGCAACUGCUCCUUGGAAGAGUAACGUGAUUAUUGACGAUGAAACUGGGAACCGCAUGAGCAAGAAGGAUAUCCGCAAAGUUAUCGAAGAAGAAGGUUCCGAUGAUUCCUCUUUGCCACCCAAAAAGAGAAAGAGCAACCAAAAUCCUCGAAUCAAAACGAAGGACUGUACAAACAGGGGAAAAUUUUCCCCAUCCAAAGAGAAGGAGAAAGCUACUUUUCCGCAUGUCCAACCAGACGACCCUUCUAUACGAUCCGUAGAUUGCAUCGAUAUUCUCCGAUUUGAUGGGAGUGAUCCACUUGGACUUAAAUUGGCCACAACUACGGUGGAAGCGCCUGGGAGAUCAACUUCCAGUGUUACUGGAAGCGAAAUUAGUGGACCUGAUCGAAGAGAAGAAGAAGAUUCCGAUGAGGAAUAUGAAGAAAUCCCACGACCACCAUCGUCCACGGAUCCAGUAGUCACCGUGGCGGUGCCCCCACCAACAAAACUUUCUCCAACACUUCUUCCACCAAGCGUAAAAGUUCUUCCAUUUCGGGUUCCUGGUCCAGGUCCUCUCGGCCCCAAAAGUCCAGCAAUUGUGGAUGAAAUUGAUAUAGAAAUUUCAUGUCAGUAGGACAAGGAAAUUCGUUCACUCGAAAGUACAAACCGAUACCAUUUUCUACUCAUCCGUGCGUAGGCUUCGUAUUUAGAGUUAGUUAUUUAUCCAGACCAAAGUAACAACUAGAUUGAUUCUCACUUUUAGUAUUACUAUUGUGUGGCUAGUUUUUAUAUUUUUAUUUUGUUUUGCUUCAAAUAAAUAACAAAAAUAAAUAGUACUACUAAAAGUAAAAUUAUCAUGUGCUUAAAUAUUAAAAUUUCAAAAUGUCUUUUUGAUACCCGUAUUAAAAUGCGUCCAGCCGGUCGUACUAUAUGUGAUGUUAAAAAUUACAGAAUUUAUCACCUUUUAUGCAAUUUAUACCUACACGUCUCUGUAUGUAUCUGAUAAUGAAUAAAUAAAAUCCUGAGCAUCCGCUGAUAUGUACAUAGA